AUGAAACCUGUGGUAUCAGCCGGGAAAGCGUGGUUCUGUACCAUACUAUCCGCAUUUGGGGUGGUGAUUUUAUCCGUGAUAGGCUAUUUGUUCAAUAUCAAUCACGAAUCGUUCGUGGGAUCCAUUAGUGAUCCAAAAGAUGGACCAGCCGUUGCACAUACAAUAUUCUUGGCAGUGCUAGUUUAUCUGGUAUUCUUUGUGUUUUGCGGAUCCCAGAUCUGGAUGGGCAACAAGAAGCCCUCGAUAGAAUUACGCUAG